UCCCAGUCCUCUAGCCUGAGAGAGUUGGACCUGAGUAACUCUGACCUGCAGGAUUCAGGAGUGAAGCAUUUAUUUCUUGGACUGGAAAGUCUAAACUGUAAACUGGAAAUUCUCAGGUCAGUUUAAAAAUUUUCCAUCAAAGAUCAUUGAACACAUUAUGUUUAUAACUGAAUCAAUAGAUCAUCUUUAUAGAAGAUGGAUCGUCAGCUUUGCCUUUGGAUGGAUUAUUACCUUCUAAAUUACUGUCUUAUAUUUUUUCAUGGUGGAACUUUUUCAUAAUUUCUUCUGCUCUUUUUGAAAUUUAGUGCAGUUUUGCUUCCAUAACAUACCAAAUUCCUAAGAAAAUGUUGGAAUGAUAUGUUUAAGUGUUGGUUACUGUCCAUGUUUCUUUAUAUUAUUGAGACUAUGUGGAGUGUAAAUGAAAUAAGGACCUAGUUGUCCUUUUAUUUGGCUGGAAGAAGGUGUGAUAGAGGGACCCAAAUGCACACAGUGUUGCAAUGCAAGUCAAUGUUUUGUUCAGAGAUUUUCAGUGUUCAACUUUUCAACUGUCAUCUCAGUACCACACACUCUUCUUCCUCUGGAACAACAGCAACUGGAAUAGGGAAGACAUGUUUACUGUGAUGGAUAUCCGCUGUGCCAGCCAGCUUUCCCUGGCACUGUCCCCUGAACCCGCUGCUUCACCACUCCCAUGCAGCCACAGCAGGCGAUUUAAAACAUAAACUACAAAGAGAGAAACUGAAAACUACAAACUUAUUGAAAACUGAAAACAUGCUAGGCCUGAAAACACUGCCUAUGGGAAACACUGGGUCAGGGAGAACAGAACUCCCACAAAAUACAGGAGGGCACUGCAACUAUAUAUAUAUUUUUAAAAAUCCCCUCUUGCUCCUGCAGGCCGUCUAUCCUUCAAGCCCAGUCCUCUACCAGAGGCCUGGGAGCUUGCGGGUUCUACACAGUAUCUUAGCUGUUCCUAGGACUGUGUUCUUCUCGACAGAUAUCUCCAAUUUUGUUGCUGGUAUCUCCACUUCCUAGUGCUCCGAUUACUACUGGCCUGCUAGAAUCUCGGACCCUUGUCUCAGGGGCAUCUUUACACAGCCUGCACCUGGGAUCUUGCCUAGUGUGACAGACCCCAGCCUCUAUGGAUCUUGUACUCAGAGCUUGUUCCUGUGCUGCCAUGAUUAGUGCCUCUGUGCUGUCUUUCAGUCCAGCUUUAUCCAGCCACUGUUAGGAUUUCUGGAUGUCUGUCAGUUCCUCUAUCUGCCCAUGGUAAAUACCAUAUCAUACAGGCGCCUGUAGUUCCAUGAUGGUUCUUCCUCUUCCUCCUCUUUCUUGAGUUUCUGAUGCCCGAGGUAUUCACUGAGCAUUCAGCUGGGAUAAUCUUCCUGAUGUAUUCGUGAAUGGUCAUUGUCUCAUCCUGGAUGGUAAUACUGACACUCACCAAUCCCCAACCUCUGUCCUUCUGCUUAGCGUACAGCCUCAGGGUGUGGAUUUGAGGUGCAAUCCUCCAUGCAUGCAGUUGUUUCUAUUGUUUCCUUUGGCUACCUUAUUAUCCUAGCAGGCUACCUGAUCAUGCGUAGGUGUUGAUAGCCCGUAUAUUGUUCUUAACGUUCACCUGACUCCUCAGGACUUGCCUUACUCUCUGCAGGUACUUGUUGGUAGCAGCCUCUUCAUAGUUCCCAUUUGCCUGUGGGAUCCCCAGGUACUUGCAACUGUCCUCUUUAUCUGCAAUUUUGCCUUCUGGUAGUUAAAUCCCCUCAGUUCUGACUACCUUACGUCUCUUUGUUAUCAUCGGACUACAUUUCUCCAGUCUGAACGACAUUCCAAUGUCAUUUCUGUAUAUCCUUUUUAAUAUGGAUCAGUGAAUUGAUGUCUCAUCCACUCUUGGCAGACAACUGCUCCAUUCUGCAGUCAGUAUCCGUAGCCAGUCUUGUCAAUGAUCUUACUGAGGGGGUUCAGGCCUAUGUAGAACAGCAGCAGGGACGGAUUGUUGUCUGCCACAUUCCCAUUGAGUUCAUGAUGAAGGCUCUUAGGUCCUGUUGGUCUUGUAUAGGUCUAGGCAUUAUAGGAUCCAGGUAUGAAGCAUUGAGUCAUAGGCCUUCUUGUAAUCAAAUCAUGUAGUUCACAGUUUGGUCAGCCUGGUCUUGCAGUCUCGUUUGACUGCACGGUCUACCAGUAGCUGGUGUUUUCCACGUCUGUUAUUAGUCUUAGUCUACAGUCUCCUUCUCCAUGGAGGGUGCUCCUUUGUGGAUGAUGAUAUAUUCUCACACUGAUCCUGCAUGGUGAUGCUACCAUCCACCCACUCCUCCUGGAUUCACAUCUUCAUCAUCAUCUUUAUCAAUCCUCACAAUAUUCCACCUUCAUCCGCUUCAUGUUCAGGUGCCUAAUUUUCUCCAUGGGUUAUGGUGGGACGUUGAGUGCUGAAGUCAAACAGAUCUCAGAAAUUAAAGACUGAUUCAUUUAUAUUUUGUAUUAUGAGAAGCAGCUAGCUUAUCCAUUAUUCUCCUUAUAGGCUCGGGCUAUUCAUAGAUUUGCUAUGAUACUCUGAGCAUUUUUUCUGUUUUCACUCGUAAUGCUUUUUAUAUGCAUAUCCUUAACUUUUGUCCUCUCUGUCCACAGUUUGUCUUUUGUUCUUUUCUCUUCGUGCACAUCCCCCUGUGCCCACCUCCCACCCAAACAGCCAUGUUAAAUGGCUAGUCUUGAUCCCCAAUGCUACAAAGUGCUCCUCACACUGAUGGUCUUAUUGAUGGGGCUUUCUUGCUUAUAUUUCAUAGCAAGUUAUAUUGUACAUUUGUCAGGCUGUCUGAUCACAGAGGAAGGCUGUACUUCUCUGGCCUCAGCUCUGAGCUCCAACCCUUCCCAUCUGAGAGAGUUGGACCUGAGCUACAAUCAUCCAGGAGCCUCAGGAAUGAAGCUGCUGUUGGCUGGACUUAAGGAUCCACGCUGGAGACUGGACACUCUUAGGGUGGAGCCUGCUGGAGUCCGAUGGUUGACACCAGGUCUGAGGAAGUAUUCCUGUCAACUCACAAUCGACACAAACACAGUACACAUGAACCUCAAACUGUCUGACCACAACAGGAAGGUGACAUAUGUGGAGGAGGUUCAGUCAUAUCCUGAUCAUCCAGAAAGAUUUGAUGUUCAUCCUCAGCUGCUGUGUAGAAAUGGUCUGACUGGUCGCUGUUACUGGGAGGUCAAGUGGAGAGGAAGAGUUGAUAUAUCAGUGAGUUACAAAGGAAUCAAGGGAAAAGGAGACACUUAUGACUGUAGGUUUGGACAGAAUGAUCAAUCCUGGAGACUACGCUGCUCUAAUGAUGGUCCUCAUUCUGUCUGUCACGAUAAGAGAGAAACAUCCAUCCCCUCCUCCUCCUCCUCUUCUGUCUCUAACAGAGUAGCAGUGUAUGUGGACUGUCCUGCUGGCACUCUGUCCUUCUACAGAGUCUCCUCUGACACUCUGAUCCACCUCCACACCUUCAAAACCACAAUCACUGAAAUGCUUUAUCCUGGAUUUUCGAUCUGUUCUAGUUCCUCAGUGAGUCUGUGCUAAGUUGAGUGUAAAGAGUGAACUCCUGUUAGAGAACACUCUGACUCUUGAAGAGAUAAUUCAGUCUGUACAUGUCUGUCUCUUUUGCUCAAACUCAUUUUCAGAGUCAUAAAUUCAAUCAGUUUAUGUUUUAAACUGUUAAAUGAUUCCUUGUAAACUUUAGCAAUCAUUUUUGCAAACUAAUAAGUUGAAAAUGCUUCAGCCAUAUAAGAUGAAUGUAUUGGCUCAAUAGUUUAUAAAGCAACAUUUAAUGUCUGAAAAACAUUGAGACUGUUAAAGACAGCAAACUGUGUCUUCGUAGUAAAGGGCCCAGUGCGCUCUCACUGCUGCUGUUUAUUUCUAAGGUGACGGCUGCACAUUGGAGCUGUGAAACUUUAAACUCCAUUGAGACAUUAAAACUUACUGUCCCACAGCCUGAUAAAGGGGACGUGGAAAUCGCUGCUGUUUGUGGCAGAUCAAAGUGAAAUAAAUGUAAUUGGUUGAACAGGUAUUUGUGGUCUGUGCUUUGUGUUUCCAGCAGUGUGAAAGAGACUCAGCGGCAGAUUAGAAUCAAGUUAUAUAAACAUUUCCACUUUCUCUAUUGAAAGUAGAAACUAGAGAACAGGAGGGAGUCAGAGCUGAACAUUUCUGCCUGUUUCACAUUCUCCUUGAAAGUAGACUUUGUAAAAAAAUACCAUCGAGAGCUAUGACGAAACUGUCUCACGUAAAGACCACCCCAGAAAAGGAAGACCAAGAGUCACCUCUGCGGCUGAGGAUAAAUUCAUCCAAGUCAUCAGCCUCAGAAAUUGCAGGUUAACAGCACCUCAGAUUAGAGCCCAGAUAAAUGCCACACAGAGUUCCAGUAGCAGACACAUCUUUACAUCAACC